GUUUUUGGAAUUUAUGAGUUUACUUUGAACUUUCAGUAAAUAUGUGAUUUAUUAGUCAUACGGCUAUAAAGAUACAGAAAUGACGCCAUAUUCAUAAAGUCAUGUAUACAGUCCAAAUCCUGGCUCAAUUGUAAUCAAUUAUAAGAGCAUUGCCAACUUGAAGACGUCGGGUAUCUACUUGCUUCAACAUGGGGAACAGCAUGGACAAGAUAUUGCCAGGGCUCUACGUGGGAAACAUCCGUGAUGCCCAGAACAAACAAAAACUAGAUGACCAUGGUAUAACUCACGUCCUAGCCAUUCAUGACACUGCAAGGAAAAUUCAUGAGGACAAGACAUACCUGUUGAUUGAAGCAAGUGAUAAUGCAAGGCAGGAGUUAUCACAGUUUUUCCGACAAGCCAUAGACUUUAUUCACCAAGCAAGGCUUGAUGGAGGGACUGUACUCGUACAUUGUCUGGCAGGUGUCUCACGCAGUGUCACAGUAACUGUGGCUUACAUUAUGACAUCAACAGACCUGGGAUGGCGUGAUGCAUUAAAUGCAGUUAGAGGGGCCCGUAGGUGUGCUAAUCCCAACUAUGGCUUCCAGAAACAGCUCACUGAGUUUGAGAGUGUUACUUUAGAUAAAGAGAGAGGGAGGUUCAACCAGAAGUUCCCAAACAACCCAUUUUACGAAAGUGACAUCAAGAAAUGUCGCCAACUGCUUGUGAUUCAUAGAGAUUGGGUGGUUCAUGGUGACAAACCCCAACAAGCUGAUUAUCCACUACCUCACAAUGCAUACAAACAAAACCCAACUCUUGACAAAAUUGAAGAAAAAAUGAGGCCUGGUUCAUCUCAAGAAUCUCCACGUUUGUUGGAGAAAUUAGAAAGAAGUAUGAAAUCAGCUUCCUCUGGUCAAACUUGGAGCGGUCAAAAUAUGGAUGGGGGAAAAUCUCAAAAUCCUCCAAAUUCAGAAAACUUGGACCAAAAUAUGAAACGGGACCAAAACUGGGCAAAUCAAAGAGUGACGUCUUCAGAUAACAAAGUCAAUACAACUACAAGACCAAAGGGUGUAGUUUUCUCAGACCAUGACAUUCCAGUAGACAGACUAAGUCUUGAGGCAGAUGAUGCAUAUAAUGAUAAUUUUGAUAAUGUUGCCUUAACACCAAGGUUGAAUUUUGACUCUUCCUCUGCGGAUUCACUUAACGCGAACCAAAGUGAGGUUGAUCAAUUUUUUGAGAUGAAGUGAAUUGUGUAUGGCACGUCAUCGCUAGUCAUUAUUACAAUACGAAGUUGAUAAAUGUUUUUGGAUGAAGUAAAUAUUGUUUGGCAUUGCUAGUCAUUAUUAUAAUAAUGUGUU